CGCCAAUUCAUUUGAAAGAGCGUGUCUAAAGCGCGCUCGGGAAAGUGAAAACAGCGUCUUCGAGAGACAUUCCCAGCAUGUCUUCUCCGAGCUCUGAUCCCAUUUUACUUUUUACUCCACCAAAAUAUAGCUCUCCUGGUGGGCUACCUACUACUAGUGAUGGCAUCACGUCCUCCAACGAGUCAGGUCCUCCGACGGCUCCCAAGACGGGCCCCAAACCAUCAUUUUUCAUAGAGCCUCCUGUUUUGUCUGCCUCGCAGAGGGCACAAUAUAAACCAGUUCCUGAGGAACUCAAAGAAGGCGCGCCUUUCGACAGGGAUGACAUCGACGCUGUAGUGAGCGAAUACCGCGAAGGCACUGACCUUUCCUACUUUGUGCGUUUCAAGGAUGGGCUAGCAUAUAUACUUCCUGCUGCUGACUUCCAGGCCGAAUAUGCUGACCUGGUUGAGGAAUACAAUCACAAGAAAGAUGCAGGGGAGCUUGAUUCAUUUGACCCAUCAUCUAGCGCAGUGCACGAGGACUCUCGCAUCAGGACUAUCAUCACCAUAGACAUGGUCAAUGGUGUUGCCCGGAGGGCGAGCGGCGCGAGGGGAUAUACCUCGUCUCUGGCGUCCCUGUCUGACCUCACGGAACCUUCGGAAUCUGAUCGGGAAGAGGAUGACGGCCGAAGCGAUGACGAAUAUCAACAGGACAAUGGCAGGCUCGCCCGCAAAGCCAGUCUUAGAACUCGAGCUGCGACUGCUAAAGGCAAAAGCACGUCACGCGCUACAACUCAAAUAAAACUUCCUUUCAGCCCAAGAAAGUUACGCAGCAAGCCUGUCCGCCAGUAUAUAAGCGAAUCGGAGGAUGAAUUGGCAGGAUACGAACAGGAUGACAUCAUAGAAGUUAUUCCAGCUCGCAGGUCGGCUCGUGAGCGGAAGAGCGCAAGAAAUAACCUCGCAGAUGAUUACGUUGAAGAGCCUGGUGACAGUCAAACCGAUGGUGACUCGUACCUGGGAACUUCCGAGAGGUCUACAACAUCCAAACCAGCCGCGAAAACUCAAAAGCGACUCAAGCGUGGACCUGUUUCCCGACCUGCUUAUGGCAUCUUUCGUUCUGUUGCAGACCUUGAGUUUGAUGCUUAUGAGGAAGAGGAUACCGAGUUGUUGCGCGCUCAUCGGGAUAUUUGCGAGAAAUGUCACAAAGCACCUGCUCACGUGCAGUUGGCAAAGCCGAAGAAAGGCAGGAAGAAAUCACACAAGGAAGACGACUAUGCGUUUGAGGAGAACGAGGAUGAGGGUGAUCUCAUCCGGUCCUUGGGUGGCUGGGUUCGAUGCUUGAAAUGUCCUGUCGCAGUUCAUUGGCGCUGUCUGGCAAGGACCCAGAAAGACGAAAUCACCCGUGCAGCGCGUGCGCGCGAUAAAGAGGAAUGGAAGAAUCAACAGUCAGACGGUUACGAUGGUCACGACCCUCCAGACUCCGAGCUUCCGAAUCGCAAGGAGCUCGGUAUCAUGCAGACCACAGAGUUCAUGUGCGCGAGCUGCAUGAAGGGCGGAAUUUGCAUGGGCUGCAAGGAGAUUGCUCUAGAAGUCGAUUCGUCAAUCGUGAGACAGUCCACAGCACCACCCGCCGCCUCGGAACCUACACCCGCAGGUCCCACUCAGGACGUCGAAAUGGCCGACGGCACGCAGGUUUCUUCGCAUGCCGCCAACAGUGUAUCGAGACUUACAAGGGAGCUUGUUUACCGGUGCUUCACCUGCAAGCGUCUUGCCCAUUAUCGCCACCUUCCUGUCCCAGAUAUCUUUGGAAGUGAUGAUCCAGCUUCUGUUGAUGAUACCAAACUUGCAUCCUUCUAUCAGUUCGAGACUGGAUGGCGCUGUGCGGAUUGCUUCUCGUUUGAGUACACCGUAGACAAGAUUCUUGCAUGGCGUCCAUACCCUGCCGACGCCGUUGAACCGCAAUAUUCGCUCAUGAAUCCUCCGGACCCAAAGCGCAUGUUGCCCCGGGAGUAUCUUGUAAAAUGGAACGAGCGAAGUUAUCGGCGCGCCCAAUGGGUUCCACAUAUGUGGCUGGCGUCUACAACGUAUUCGAAGCUUAAAAACUUCAUUGCGACCGGGCCCAAGGUAGAAUUGUUGGAAAACCCUCCUCCCGAAGAGAGCGCCAUGCAGGUUGACCCUUCCGCGAAGGAGAUACCUGCUCCACCGGUCUCAUUUGAGACUAAUACGAGUCAGACUCCUGAGGUCGAGGCCAAGUCGACAUCAUCUUUAAAUCCGUUGCCAGACGCAGAGCGUCACAUCCCCCCUGCAUGGAAAAGCACGGAUCGUGUGCUGGACGUACUUUUCUGGAAAGUCAACCAGUCGGGGCGUAGAAAGAGAGGUAAAGGGAACUCGGUCGUAGAGAGCCACGAAGAAGCGAGCUUUCCUCCGGAGCUCCAGGAUCAGCUGGUGAAAACGCAGUUGAAAGGUGAACAGCCUAGUGAUGACUGUGUGGAGACUGUAGACGAUUUCUUGCGCACUGUUAACAAGUCGGAGCUGGACAUCAAGGACAUCAAGUAUGUCGCAUGGGCAUUUAUCAAAUGGGACGAUCUGGGCUACAAUGAAGCAACCUGGGAUUCCCCCCCUCGUUCUGAUGAGUCGGGUUACGCGGCAUUCGAGACAGCUUUCCAACGCUUUAUAGACUCGCUAGACGUUUUCGUUCGGAAAUCAGAGAAGGGCAUCAAGAAGCUGGAAAGCAGAGUGAAGGAUGGAUACGGACCACACGCCCUUCGUCGGAAAACUCAACCUCAACUUGGUCAGAACAGUCAACUCCAGCUCAUGCCAUUCCAGAUGGAUGGCUUUGACUGGCUCUGUGACAACUGGUGGAACUUGCAGCCUUGCAUCCUUGCCGAUGAGAUGGGUUUGGGUAAGACAGUCCAAAUCGUGACUUUCCUUGGGACUAUUAUCGAGAAAUGGCAAGCCGCUCCUGCCCUUGUCGUUGUUCCGAACUCCACCAUCACGAACUGGGUUCGAGAAUUUACUCGUUGGGCACCGAAGUUACGAGUAGUACCCUUUUAUGGGGAAGCGAAGGCUCGGGACGUGAUUAUUGAAUACGAGUUGUUCCAUCCCUCCGACCGAAAGGGCAGCCCGGAACCCAAGUACCACGUGAUGGUGACCACUUAUGAGACGCUCAUCAAUCCUAGAGAUUUUAACUCGGUGUUCAAGAGCAUUCCGCGCUGGGAAGUUCUUGUUGUGGACGAAGGGCAACGUUUGAAGAGCGAUCAUAGCCUGUUGUUCAAGAAAUUAAACGAGCUGAAUGCGAUUCAUCGUGUAAUCAUGACCGGGACACCUCUGAACAACAAUAUUCGUGAACUCUUCAACCUCAUGAACUUCCUCGAUCCCAAAGAAUGGAGCGACCUUGAGGCCUUGGAGAAGGAGCAUGAAGAGUUGAAUGAGGAACUCGUGCGGCAGCUGCAUACUAGACUCAAGCCUUACUUCUUGCGGCGCAUCAAGAGCGAAGUUCUACAACUCCCCCCUAAGAACGAGGUCAUCGUUCCCCUUUCCAUGGCACCUCUGCAAAAGGAGAUUUAUAGGUCGAUCCUUAGUCAAAACUUGGACAUUCUCCGGAGUCUGACCCAGGGUUCGACUACCAAAGCUGGAAAACCUCUUGUCAGCAAGGCCAAUAUGAAUAAUAUGUUGAUGCAACUUCGCAAAUGCCUUCAACAUCCAUAUCUUAAUUCUGAGGAUAUCGAGCCUCGCAACCUCAGGCCCGCAGAGGCUCACGAAAAACUGAUAGGCGCUAGCACGAAGUUGCGGUUUUUGAGGAUGCUUUUACCCAAACUGAAGGCCAGAGGUCAUCGUGUACUAUUGUUUAGUCAGUUUGUUAUGGCGCUAAAUAUUAUCGAGGACUUCCUCGGAGGUGAAGGCUACAAAUAUUUGCGCCUGGACGGAAACACCAAACAGGCCGAUCGCCAAAAGGGAAUGGACGAGUUUAACAAGCCGAACUCGGAUGUUUUCAUCUACAUGCUCUCUACUCGAGCGGGCGGCGUCGGAAUCAACCUGUAUACCGCAGAUACUGUCAUCAUUUUCGAUCCUGAUUUCAACCCUCACCAGGACUUGCAAGCCAUAGCUCGCUCUCACAGGUAUGGGCAAACGAAGACGUGCUUGGUGUUCAAGUUCAUGGUCAAAGACUCGGCUGAAGAACGGAUCAUGCUAACUGGGAAGAAAAAACUUGUUCUCGACCAUUUGAUUGUUCAGAAGAUGGACAAUGACGACGGUGCUGGUGAUGAUCUACAGUCGAUCCUUACGUUUGGAGCCAAAGCCCUGUUCGAAGAAGGUGAUCAGUCUUUGAAGGACAUAACCUACGUCGAGAAUGAUGUCGACAAACUCAUCGAGAGGACUGAAGUAGAGGGCGAUCAACAUGCAGCUACUAAGGAGACUGGGCUCUCCUUCGCGUUUGCCAAGGUGUGGGCGGCGGAUAAGGAUACCAUGGAAGACAUCCAAGAGGAUGUUCCGGACACCGAGCAAGGCGAUUCUUGGGCGCAAGCACUUGAGCGGAUAGCUGCUGCGAAAGGCGUGAAGGAGGUAACUGAAGUCACAGGCAGAGGUGCUCGGAGGAAGGCUGCUGCUAUAUUUCCUCAGCAAAAGCUUGACGACAUUGAGGGUCUGGAGGACACGCCAGACAUGAGCAAGAAAAAGAAGAAACAUCGGCCUUCGAAGUCGGAUGUAUCCAGCGAUUCUGACGCUUAUCCGGGCACACCUGGCGUGCAAGCGAGUGAUUCGGGCACUAGCUCGAUGGACGUGGAUGGAGACUCACCGAUGAUCUUUCAGAAGGCGAAGAUGAAGGCCAAGGCCAAGUAUCGAGAACAGACCUCGGCGAGAGAAGAUGAGGAUGUCCUGCUUUGCGGUCUAUGUAACACCCGCCAUGGAAAGGGAAUCUGUUACAUGACCGAAGACUCCACCAACCUAGUAGAGUACAGGGAAAUGCUGAUGAAUCAUGAUUCAGAUGAGCCGUGGCCAGUUAGGACAGCUGCUAUCGAUGCCAUAGAGCAGACGCUCGUUAAAAGGGGCCACGGUCAUCUUCUUGCUGGUCAGCCCCUCAAGCUUGUCCCAAACCGCAACGGCGGCCAGGUUACUAUCAAGGAAAAAAAGAAACAUGCUCGUGAUGCAUUCGGUGUCCAGAAUCCGAAGGUAGUUUCGUCAUCCAAGCCAUCUACCUCAUCUUCUUUGCCCCAACCACGACCUACACACGAAUCUUCGUCCGCCAAGCCGUCCAUAAUAUCGUCUCCUCGGUUUUCCAGGCCUAUAGACGAGACCAAGAAAGUCGGGCAACAAACGACACUGGAGUUUUCCUCCACGGAUGAAGACAGGGAGAGGAAGAGUAUAACAGCUGGGCUAUCCGCUCUGCUAUCGAAACGACGGUCGUCGCCUGCGCCUGCGGUUGAGUCUUUAUCCUCCAAGAGACAUAAAACAUCAGCCACGCAAUGUCCAGUUUGUAAAGGUUCGUAUCACCUCGUGGAAGAUUGCCCCACUGUCGCACUUGGCCCUCGCAGGUGAUGUGGACCGCCUUGUAAUAUAUGUAACUUCCUGACAUCCGCCCAACAGUAUCACCACACACAUCCUACGGUUGGAGCAGGACCCUUCUCAACAAGCCACGGUGACUUCUCUCAAGAAACUGCUUAGACACCAACGACGAAAGCAGGAUGCGGAGGAAGCAGCUCGUUAUAGUGGGAUAGUUGGCCCUUCGAUGUUGAACUGACUUUUGCCGUCAAGAGAUGUUCUAUCGUACUUUACAUGCUGUCUUAUAAUGCUAGAUACUGCUAGAUUUUGCCAUAUUUGCGUAUGGAUGUAACUCCGGAGAGGGAGGAGUGAAUACGUAAUAAC